CUUGUCCGUAUAUACACAAGAAGUUUGUAUACAUGUUUGUAUACACGCGUGCUUUCUUAAACAUCCUAAAGUUACCUGUGUAUUAAACCAAGCAUGUAUAUUGUCAAUACCUGAUCAAUGUGUACGAGGACGCGAUUGUGUUUUUGUGUUCACAUAGAGGACAUAUUAUUAAAAUUGGAAUAAGGGAAAGAAGAAAUCAAUUAAAUAUUUAAUUUGGCAGUUAAAGUUGAAGGCCACACUCUGUGGCUGAGUACGUUGAUUACUCCACAAUCGCGUUUCAAUAUGUUCAGUUAAAUACUGUGUUGGGAAAUGUUUGCAUAUUAAAUUAACAAUGCUUAUAAGAGUGUUGCCAUAGUGUUAAUAUUUACUUAAUAUUGCUUAAUUUACCGAGAGAAUAUGCAUCGCUUCACUGCACGUGUACUGUUCAUAUCAAAUGUAGGAAUCAGGCAUAAAUACAGACACCAGGUGAAAUAACGCAAACUUCAUCAAAUCAGGUGUAGUGGAGGGUGCUUUUAAAUAUUUAUAUUCAAAACAACAAAGUGCCGCGAGGAUAAUUAGAAAAUUGUGUCCGAGGUUAAUAAAACCAUCAGGAGGACAUUGCUGAUCACAGAAGAGGGAUAUGGCCUCGGGCGACAUAGAAAUGACGGCUUGCAUCGAAGAGAGCGAACCAUUAAACGAAAAUGGCAGAGCUAACAUAAAGGAUAAAGCGUCGGCAGACUACAGUGACUCGGCGCGAGGGCUGAUCAAGCAUUUUCAAAAUGUUUCCUAUAAUACUAUGACAGGAUUUUCAGGAGGGGCGAUGCAGGACGCUCCGUUCGCCGACAGCCGUGCAGGAUCGGAGGAGGAUAUGCUUGAUUACGACGACGACGCAAUCUUCAACUGCGACACUUGCCGUCGGCGUCGGAACUUGACGACGGUGGAGAAAUGCCUGAUUGCCUUCGCGUGCGUUUGUCUGCUCGUCGUGAUCAUACUCGCGGCGCAUAUGGGUGGAAAGACUGAAGUGAAACCCCCUAAAAAGUGCGAGUCUAAGGGCUGUCUGGCAGCGGCGAGCUCUCUCCUUAGCGCCAUGGAUCCCUCGGCCGACCCCUGCGAGGACUUCCAUCAGUACGCGUGCGGCGGUUGGCUAAGGGAGACGCCCAUUCCACCCGGAUAUCCGCUGUGGGACCGCUUCCAGGAGCUCGCCUAUAAGAACAUGUUCAUGCUGAAAACUUUUAUAGAGACGCAUGAUGUGCACGAGGGCGCCCCAGGAAAAGUGCGCGAGUUCUACACCAGCUGUAUGGCGGAAAGCACAGUCGCGCGCGCAGAGACCCUUAGCGACUUCCGGUCUCUCUUGACCUCUGUGAUCCGACCCGGCCCCACGACGUUCGAGCUUGAGCCCAGUCUUCUCGAGAUUCACCGACUGAACACGUGGCCCCUGUUCCAGGUGCUGGUCGGGCCAGACGAAAGGAAACCUGACAGAAACAUUUUGAAGAUAGAAGCUGGCGAGACGCCGUUUCCGUUCGGAAUCUUCAAAGUAAAACCGACCAAGGGCCAGGUGUUCGAGCGAAGUUCCAACAACAGCGACCCGGUCUCGAUCUCUCCGACAACUAAAACAUCCGGCGGUUUUGAAGCUAAAGACAGCGAGUUCAACGGAACCAAAAGCACCACCUCCGAUCAAGAAUACCACGUGGUCAGUAAAGGAAGUGACGUAACGUCCGCCACGAAAGCGACUUACGGGACGACGCCGGCAGCUUCAUCGACCGAAUCUACUACCAGAAAACCCCAUAUUAAAGAUUCCCAUCCGCAUCCGGACGAAAAUAUCACUGAAUUGGUAAAGGACUACGUAACGGAAACGACCGAGCUACUCCGACUAUUGAUUAACAAGUCACGCGAUGAUGCAGACGAGAUUGCUCGAGAGCUGCUGGAGUUGGAGAAGAAAAUUUCAUUGGCCCAUGACAUUGAUCUCCACGUUCAUAACCGCACCCAGGCUUACAAUUCUAUGACGGUCAGAGACCUUCAAAGCAAGUGUAACGUGAUAAACUGGUCAGUGUACCUGAACAGUUUGCUGACGAUCGGAAGUGAGGGAGUCCGCGCGGUCUCUAACGAAACGGAAGUGGUGGUGCUGCACGAGGAAUCCCUAGAACGCGUGUGUGUCAUUGUGGAGGAGUAUAGCAAGAACGAGACGGUGAAGCGCACUCUACAGACAUACGUUCUGCUCGCUCUAGCCAGGUCCAUGAAGGGUUACUUUGAUCUGAGUACAUUCGAACCGGAUAUAGGCCACGAUGAGGAGAUCGAGAAGGAUGGAGAGCACUGGCGACGCUGCACGUUUUACACAAACAGGGCUCUGGGGCUCGCAACUGGGGCAAUCUACGUCAACGCUACGUCACUGGAGUCGACGUUCGUUCAGGCGGACGAACGAAUUCUAAAGAUAAAAGGCCUCGUGGAAUACGUCAAGCGAGCAUUCAGGGACUAUUUGUUACGUAAGAUCUGGAUGGACCCAGUCACGAAAGCAAACGCGGAAAAAAAGCUGAACGAGAUAAUAGACAAAGUGAGCUACCCGUCCUUCAUCCUGAACACCACUUUCCUCAAUGAGUUUUACAAGGAGAUGCUCGUAGAGAAAGACUGGUUUAGUAAUUUGCUGAGUUGGCGCAGGUUUACCAUCAAAAACAUGGUGAUGUCCCUAAAUCAGCCCUUCGACAGAACUAACAGCUGGAUAAACCCACCGGUGACGGUGGAGUCGGACUACUCCCCGGUAAGGAACGACAUCAUCUUCCCCAUAGCGCUCUUUCACCUGCCCAUAUACAGCCACGAUGGGCCCAGUGCCUUAAAUUUUGGAGCAAUCGGAUCCCUGAUAGGCCACGAGAUCACGCACGCGUUUGAUGUACAAGGUCGCCAGUACGACGGCCAGGGUGAACUCCGAGACUGGUGGGACCCUAUCACGGCGGACAUGUUCAAGGAAACCACCGUCUGUAUGAAGGACCAGUACGACCACUUCAAAGUGCACAACAUGACGGUGAACGGUGAACAGACACUAGAAGAGAACAUCGCCGACAACGGCGGUUUGAGAGCUGCUCACGUGGCGUUCGAGCUCUGGAUGAAGGAGCAAGGGGAGGAGCUCCCCCUGGCGGGCCUGCAGCUCGACAAUAGACAGAUCUUCUACAUCAGCUUUGCUCAGUUAUAUUGCUCAAAAUGGAAGGAGUCCGGUAUAACAGAUUUCCUUGCACGUGAUCACCACAGCCCUGGUCCGUUCAGGAUCGAAGGUGCCUUAUCAAAUAAUCUCGCAUUCCAAGACGUGUUCAAGUGCCCUUAUACGUCACGCUACAACCCUUCCCUCAAGUGUCAGGUCUGGUAGAGCGAGACAUGUGGUUCAAAGGGCCAUGGAUCGUAUUCAUUAAACGUCUAAGAUGGAUUCUACUUGACAGUUUAGGAUUUCUAGUAGAAAGCAUUCGCUUUGGCGUUGUUCACCAUGCUGUUUAAAUAAAUUGAAAAUUGUAAAUUUGAAAUUAAAAUAAAACCUGUGAGGCAAUACAGUUUUUUUGCAUUUGCUAUUAAAGCGUUGCAAUUAAAAUACUUUAAAAUUGCACGGGUGAGUGUUUUAACACACAAAUUUCAUAUUUAAGUUGGAACGAGACUGUCCUCAAGCUGAAAGAUUGUUCUGAAUAAAGUUAAUGUUACAUGGCCAGAUGAUCAAAACGUAUCAACAGUUUAUUCUAAAAUGCUUGCAAACAAGUGCGAUUUUUUUUAAAGAACGUGCAAUACUUUAUUCAAGAAAACGCAUGUGUUUAUCGUUGGAAUUCCUAUCGGAUAACAUGCUCAUCUUCAUGUAAUUAUUUCAAUUGUUACUUAUUGGUGGACUGUUAAUUUUGAAUGCUUCCAGAUUUCUUGAUAAUGAUACAUUUGUUGACAGCUUCAUGAAUAUUGCACCAGAGUGUGUCUUUCUUCUGAAAUGUUUAUUUAAGUAUGUAUUAUGUUUUGUUGGCAUUCGUUUGACGAAAAUCGUUUUAUUGGCAAUACGGUUUUCACGGUUUGACGAAAACCGUAUCAAAAGCAGAGUUUUACAGUGAAUACAUUUCAAAACUGUUGGUACAGCAUUGACACAAUAUGUAGAGUUUGUAUUAGUGUAAGCAAUUAUUUGUCCUUUGUAUGCAUUUAUUAAAGCUUAAAUAUAUGUGUUUAUGUAUAAUCCACUCGCGGAACCAGUACAUAAAUGCAAGUCUUUCCUCUUAACUCUUUGUUAAAUUUAAUAAACAUUUGAUUCACUAAGCGUCAUCCAAAACGAGUUUGGCAUGUCUUUAAAUGCGUGCCGUUUCGAAAAGAUAUGUUAGACAUUUAAUGAUUGUUUGCAUGUGUAAUCAUUCAUAUAAAUGAUACUCGCUAAAUGAAUCAGGGUUGUAUGCAUUUGCGUAUAUAUCGUUCAGAAUACCCUUUGCAGUCCAAAUUGGCUAAUCAUGGACGACACUUUCCUCUUUACUUUAAUAGAAAUUUUCGUUUAAAGGAAUUUUUUUUUUUUUCAAAAAUCAAUUUUACGCGGAAAGUGUCGUCCCUGAAAAGCCUAUGCGGACUGCACGGGCUAACCUGAGAGAACACUUAAAGCGCGUGCAUGAAAUUCCGUUAUAUGAGAUCGAGGCUCCACAGAUUUUACUGCCUAUGAUUACCCCGGUGUGUUAAUCCAAUCAAAAUCUUUAGUUGGUGUUGUUUGUAUCCACUUAAUGCAGAUGAGUUUUGUAUUACUUAAAUUCAAUUUAUCGAUGUAACACUUUGUAAACAUUCACGUAUUGACUACCCCUGACAGGUCACAAGGGCAGGUCCGCACAUAAGGCUGUCGUGAAGACGCAGCGAGACCUGUAAAUAAACUCUGACAUUCACACACACACGUAUUGACCACUUUUUCUUAUUAUGUAGAAACAUACAAAAAAUGUGUGUUUGCUUGUUGGACAUUUUUUAAAUGUGUCUGCAGUGAAUGCUUAAAAUAUAUUUCUUUUCUACGCUAUGAUUAUUUUCCGCAUAUUGCUAAAGCAUGCCACACAGUUUUCCAUUCUGGUUUAAUUAUGUGUUUUUUUUAGUUUUAUGUUGCUUUUUAUUCUGAAAUUAUUUUUAUCAUGUAAAUAAUGUGUUAGCUUUUUAAGUUAAAAAUGGCACAACAUGCGAUUUUUAAUGUUUUACCCGGCUCCAUUUUGAUGUAUGUUUUACCCGGCUCCAUUUUGAUGUAUGUUUUACCCGGCUCCAUUUUGAUGUAUGUUUUACCCUGCUCCAUUUUGAUGUAAUAAUUCUGUGUAUUUUAACGCCGUGUUUAAUUUUCAUCAUGAACUUUGCGUUCAACAUGUUCAUAACGCAAUAUAUUGGUCAACAGUUCGGAUUUCGAUAUUUAAAUAAUGAUAAAAUUACGGGCAUAAUCAAAGACUAUGAUUUUACAAUGCAUAUUCAAACACAUUCCCAGAAAAAACCAGCAUAUCAUAAUGUUAAAAUGAAAGAAAGAAUAAAAUGCUUUAUGUAUUUUCAUCUCUUGCUUUGAAAUAUAACAAGUUGUUUAAUCAUGAUGAUCAAAGAUCUUAAGUAUUAUCAUCUCUGGCUUUCAAAUAUACGUAUUUUUUAUGACGUGUAGUUUUGCUUACAAGUGUUUCUUGAGUACUUCCAUGAAAUGGUGUUUCCUUUAUUGUUUAAAUGCGUGUACAUAUUUAUUACUUCUAGUGUGUCAAUCUUUGUUUACGAAGAUGGGGUAGUGUUUUGUGUAAGUGGUAUUUUGUGAAUAUUAAACUUUUUCAAGUAAAAUAUUGAAAAGGCUUGUUCUGUUAUAAAAAAGUACAUGUGGUUUGACAUGUCGAUUCUUAUAUAUAUAUUUAUUACAAAAUAACAGUUGAAUUAUUGACAGAGUUUGUGAAAUAUUCUAUAAAUAAUUGUUUAAUACCCUAAGUGUAGCUCAACUUUAAUAGUUGGUUUUGUUGGGUCGUUUAUUGUUUGAUUGUGUGAUUUGUCAUUUUUAAGUGAAAUUCAUGUGACGUUUCAAUUUGUAAAUAUGUUUACGUUGUGGAUUCAAUACGUUAUUAAUCUGCUGCUAUUUCACAAUUUUGCAAAGAAUAUUCUAUAAAGAAUAACUAUUUGUAUGAGAGGUAUGUACAUUGUAAGCGAACAAAAUAUUAACGUAUGCAUUUGAAAGGUGUAUACAUGUAUGCCAACUGUACAAAGUAUGUCUCUAUGGGAACAGAUGCUAACUGUUCAAGGUAUGUCUCUAUGGGAACAUAUACCAACUGUUCAAAGUAUGUCUCUAUGAGAACAGAUGUCAACUGUUCAAAGUAUGUCUCUAUGGGAACAGAUACCAACUGUUCAAAGUAUGUCCCUAUGGAAACAGAUGCCAACUGUUCAAAGUAUAUCUUUAUGGGAACAGAUGCUAACUGUUCAAAGUAUGUCUCUAUGGGAACAGAUGCCAACUGUUUAAAGUAUGUCUUUAUGGGAACAGAUGCCAACUGUUCAAAGUAUGUCUUUAUGGGAACAGAUGCCAACUGUUUAAAGUAUGUCUUUACGGGAACAGAUGCCAACUGUUCAAAGUAUUUCUCUAUGGGAACAGAUACCAACUGUUCAAAGUUUGUCUCUAUGGGAACAGCUGCCAACUGUUCAAAGUAUGUAUCUAUGGGGACCGAUACCAACUGUUCCAGGUAUGCCUCUUUUUAAACAGAUGCCAACUGUUCAAGGUAUGUCUCUAUGGAAACAGAUGCCAACUGUCCAAAGUAUGUCUCUAUGGGAACAGAAGUCAACUGUUAAAAGUAUGUCUCUACAGAAACAGAUGCCAAUUGUUCAACGUAUGUCUCUAUGGGAACAUAUGCCAACUGUUCAACGUAUGUCUCAAUGAGAACAUAUGCCAACUGUUCAACGUAUGUCUCUAUGGGAACAUAUAUCAAUUGUUCAACGUUUGUCUCAAUGGGAACAUAUGCCAACUGUUCAAGGUAUGUCUCUAUGGGAACAGAUACCAAUUGUUCAAAGUAUGUCUCUAUGGGAACAGAUGCAUACUCUUCAAAGUAUGUCUCUAUGGGAACAGAUGCCAACUGUUUAAAGUAUGUCUCUAUGGGAACAUAUGCCAACUGCUCAAAGUAUGUCUUUAUGGGAACAGAUACCAACUGUUUAACGUAGGUCUCUAUGAGAACAAAUACCAACUGCUCCAAGUAUGUCUCUAUGGGAACAUAUGCCAUCUGUUCAAAGUAUGUCUCUAUAGGAACAGAUACCAACUGUUGAACGUAGGUCUCUAUGGGAACAGAUACCAACUGUUCAAAGUAUGUCUCUAUGGGAACAUAUGCCAAUUAUUCAAAGUAUGUCUCUAUGGGAACAUAGGCCAACUGUUUAAAGUAUUUCUCUAGGGGAACAGAUGCCAACUGUUCAAAGUAUGCCUCUAUUUAAACAGAAGCCAACUGUUCAAAGUAUGUCUCUAUGGGAACAGAUGCCAACUGUUCAAAGUAUGUCUCUAUGGGAACAGAAGCCAACUGUUCAAAGUAUGUCUCUAUGGGAACAGAUGCCAACUGUUCAAAGUAUGUCUCUAUGGGAACAGAUGCCAACUGUUCAAAGUAUGUCUUUAUGGGAACAAAUGCCAACUGUUCAAAGUAUGUCUCUAUGGGAACAGAUGCCAACUGUCCAAAGUAUGUCUUUAUGGGAACAGAUGUCAACUGUUAAAAGUAUGUCUCUACGGGAACAUAUGCCAACUCUUCAAAGUAUGUCUCAAUGGGAACAGAUGCCAACUGUUCAAAGUAUGUCUUUAUGGGAACAGAUACCAACUGUUCAACGUAGGUCUCUAUGUGAAAAGAUACCAACUGCUCCAAGUAUGUCUCUAUGGGAACAUAUGCCAACUGACUGUUAAAAGUAUGUCUCUAUAGGAACAGAUACCAACUGUUGAACGUAGGUCUCUAUGGGAACAGAUACCAACUGUUCAAAGUAUGUCUCUAUGGGAACAUAUGCCAAUUCUUCAAAGUAUGUCUCUAUGGGAACAUACGCCAACUGUUUAAAGUAUGUCUCUAUGGGAACAUAUGCCAACUCUUCAAAGUAUGUCUCUAUGGGAACAGAUGCCAACUGUUCAAAGUAUGCCUCUAUUUAAACAGAAGCCAACUGUUCAAAGAAUGUCUCUAUGGGAACAGAUGCCAACUGUUCAUAAGUAUGUCUUUAUGGGAACAGAUGCCAACUGUUCAAAGUAUGUCUCUAUGGGAACAGAUGCCAACUGUUCAAAGUAUGUCUUUAUGGGAACAGAUGCCAACCGUUCAAAGUAUGUCUCUAUGGCAACAGAUGCCAACUGUUCAAAGUAUGUCUUUAUGGGAACAUAUACUAAUUGGUCAACGUAGGUCUCUAUGGGAACAGAUGCCAACUGUUUAAAGUAUGUCUUUAUGGAAACAGAUUCCAACUGUUCAACGUAUGUCUUUAUGGAAACAGAUGCCAACUAUUGAAAGUAUGUCUUUAUGGGAACAGAUGCCAACUGUUUAAAGUAUGUCUCUAUGGGAACUGAUGCCAACUGUUCAAAGUACAUGUAUGUCUAUGGGAAGAGAUGCCAACUGUUCAAAGUAUGUCUCGUUUGGAACAGAUGCCAACUGUUCAACAUAGGUCUCUAUGGGAACAGUGCCAAUUGUUCAACGUAUGUCUCUAUGGGAACAGAUACCUACUGUUUAAAGUAUGUCUCUAUGGGAACAAGUGCCAACUGUUCAAAUAUGUCUCUUUGGGAACAAAUGCCAACUGUUUCAAGUAUGUCUCUAUGGAAACAGGGGUAAUAUGCUGAUUAAAAAUGAACAUGUUUGUUAACAGACUGGGUUCACACCUGAAAGAGCAUGAAUGUAAGCAGAACGGGUGUUGAAUGGAUUGAAAAUAUACAUAUAAAAAUAUAAUAUUAGCAUUCGAGAGUUGGUAUCUCAGAAACUGCCGAGCUUGUGUUGUUAAUGCUGUAAAUAUUUAUGUUUUUAUGUUUGUAUGUUUGUGUACAUUUAAUGUACAAAUAAUACACGAACAAAUUAUUUUAUUAUAUGUGCAGACAUUUCGCUAUUUUUGCAAAUAAAAUUUUAAGCAACA